CAAAUCACUAUCAACAGCUCGCAGUAUCCGAGAGUGGCUACAUCGGCGGACGACGCAUUGCGCUUGCUGCACCAGUGGAGGCAAUCGUGGUCGAGAGCGGACGAGCUCCACACUGCACGGCCCGAUUUCACUUUACUGUACCAUGGGUUGAGGCAGAUGGUGGGCCGAUUGGAGAAGCAGUACCCCGAGUUUUGCUUUCGUUUGGCGACUUUCGUGAAUACCAACAGCAUGUCGCAUUCUAUCAACGUGGGCAAGGUCCUUGCCUUCUGGGAGUGGUUGUUCGGCGAGUGUCGCGAGUUAGUUAAUGGGGCUGCAAGUUUCCGGGCAGCUGACAGCGCGCUCUCUACAGCGUUUCCAUCGGACUCCGCGUCGGCCAUCGACCUGGACGAGAGGAUUCGCGCCGCUGUGGCCAGGGUGCUGAGGGACGGCGACUUCGAG